AUGUAUCUAUCCAUCUCUGCCAUUCAACUUUGGGAGGAACUGAACUCAAAUCAACUAGUCAAAUAUGGCACAGCAGCUGCUGUCACAGCUAUAAGUUUGGUUCUGCUAAGAAAGUGGAUUGCAGGUGGAGUAUGUCGAUGUCGUGUGCGACUGGAUGGAAAGACGGUUGUCAUUACUGGUGCCAACACCGGCAUAGGAAAAGAGACAGCACGUGACUUGGCCAUGAGAGGGGCUCGAAUUGUGAUGGCUUGUCGAGAUCUUUCAAGAGCAGAAAAGGCGGCAGCAGAGAUCCGCAGAUCUACAGGAAACGGCAACAUAGUCGUUCGGCAAUUAGACCUGGCAUCUCUGUUCUCUGUACGGCAGUUUGCUCAUGAGUAUGUUGCCACUGAAAACCGACUGGAUAUACUUAUUAACAAUGCAGGCGUGAUGAUGUGCCCUAAAGGCCUUACAGAGGACGGCUAUGAAACCCAGUUUGCUGUCAAUCAUUUGGGCCAUUUUCUUCUGACUGUUCUGCUUCUGGACGUACUAAGGAAAUCUACUCCUAGUCGAGUUAUUAAUGUGUCCAGUGUUGCUCACAAAGGAGGGAAGAUCCACUUUGAUGACCUUAACUUCAACAAAGCACCAUAUGAUUCCUUGAUUAGUUACCAGCAGAGCAAACUCGCAAACCUGCUUUUUACCCAAGAGUUAGCGCGAAGGCUUAAAGGGUCUGGUGUGACAGUGUAUGCCCUUCAUCCUGGAGUAAUCCGCACUGAACUGGGGCGUUACGUGCAGACGAGACACCCUCUUAUCGGUACCCUGUUAUCUAUUCCUGCUAUUCUACUGAUGAAAACCCCAAAGCAAGGUGCUCAGACCACCAUCUACUGUGCUGUUGCUGAGUGGUUGGAGCCUUACAGUGGGUGCUACUUCAGGGAUUGUAAACUGAAAGAACCAGCUCCUGAAGGAAAAGAUGAUCUCGCUGCACUGAGAUUGUGGGAAGUGAGUGCAAAGCUUGUGGGCUACAGCGAAGACUGACACCUUCAAC